AUGGGGCACGGCUCUCUGGAUUACAGGAUUCGCGAUUCCGAAAGUAUGAAAGAGGCCAUACUUAAAAUGAUGAAAAAUUUGAAUAGGUCCCUUGAUGAAGUCCUUGCCUACCUCCAUGGCAAUAUUGAACAAGAAGAUGAAGAUUCCGAUGCAGACUCAGAUUCUGAAAUGGAAUCAGAUAUGGACCUGCUUCUUGACAGUAUCAAGGAUCCGGUUGAUCGUCUUUAUAAGAUGGCUGUUUGGAUCCGAAACCCAUCGACCAGAAUAGCGUCUUCGAAAGCCCGAAAUUUUCAGCAAAUAGACGAGAAAACCAACAUAGACCUAUUCAAAUCAUAUGAGACCUUCGAUUAUGAUUAUGUCAGCUCUCUAUUCCUAGAGUAUGAGAAGAAUAAAGCCCUACAGGAAAAUCCAACAGCCCAGCAUCAUGAUGCCACUGGUGAUAACGAGGAGCCUGCUGUCGGAGAUCAAGUAUGGGAGCCGAUUAGACAGACCUUGGAGCUGAACAGAAUCAAAAUAUCAAAUGGCAAUGAGUCUUACCUGGUUCACCGAAUAGCUCAGGCCAACGGACUCAGAAGGCGGCAGUUCGCUUACUGGAGAAAGCAUAAAGGCAAGCUCCGCGAACAUACAGCUGUUACCGUCGAAUUGUUAUCGCACAAGUUACCCACUGGAGAUAAUAUCAUACAAGACGAAAGCAAGAGGCAUAAAGCACCUUUAACGGUCACAACAGCUACUCAAUUACAUCCUUCACACGGAGCUGGGAAAGAAUUAUUGGAGAAUGAAAACAUCAUGCCGCUUGCUGUCUCUGAGUAUGCUCCGUCAGCAUGGAACCCUAGCAAAGACAUCGUCAGCUUUCCACUGCCUCCGAAGGUAUCUACAACUGACGAGUUUUUCGAAUGCCCAUACUGUUAUACCAUCUGCCCAGCUUCCAUUCUCUCAGAAAAGGCCUGGAGGGCUCAUUUAAUACGAGAUUUACGGCCUUAUAUUUGCACCUUUGAACAUUGUUCAAACUCUGAACAAUUGUAUGACAGCCGUGACGACUGGAUCCAGCACGAAACGUCUGCGCACCAAACCGUAUUUCGGUGCCCAAAACAUGAGGAAACAACUUUUACCACCUUAUCAACAUAUGAAGAGCAUACACAAGAGUAUCAUAAAGAAGACUCAAUGUCCUUAAAUUUUGCAAAAUCAACAAUUACCAAUAACCAGCGAAGCUGUCCUGUUUGCUCCAUAGUUUUAGGGUCUAUGCAAAAGCUACAGAGUCACAUCGCACUUCACCUUGAGCGCUUCGCCAUGUUUGCCAUACCUCGUUGCACAGACAAUGGCGAUAGAGAAGACUCUGGAGGCCGGUCUGCUAGUGCUCAUGUUGAUUCCAAUAAGUCUCUCGACGGAGAUCUAGAUGCAGAAUCAAAUGCUACUGGCAAAACUGGAGAUGAAAACUUCAUAAACCAUGAAAUAUUGACAAAAAUAAGGGACAUGAGCAACGAAAUAGCAACGCUUCGCUCCCCAGUGCACAUGCUAUCAUUGGAGGAGACUGAUUUCUUUUUGGAGCAAAUGAAAAAAAUAUGCUUCCAGCUAAAGAAAUAUGGGAAGAUUAUUAGAGCCUGGCCUCCGAGUAACACAACAAACACAGCUCUCUUUGAGCUUGGGGAGGCAUGUAUUGCGGCUGGACUAAUAGACGAAGCCAUUGAGACGCUUGAGCACCUGAAAUUCUUUCAGAUCAGUCAGCUUGACCAUGACGACCCGGCACUACUGCAGACAAAGCAACAGUUAACCAUAGCUUACCAAGUACACGAAGCGCUACAAGAAGUGACUAAAAGGUUGAACGCCAAUGCCGACCUACAUACAGAACCAAGCAAGAGUAAGGCUCUUGAUAUAUUUGCUCGUACUGAGGCUGGGGCGAGGCACGCCGAAACGAUAUGGGGUCCCACCAUCUGGAAAGAUCUACAAAAACGAAAUGAGCACGAUCGCGAAAACGAACAGCGUCUCGAACAGUCAUUCGAUUAUUUUUCGCGAAGUCCUGUUUACGUAGACGAUCCGUUAUCACCACCAGGCCCUAGGGAAAUUAUACGGAGGCGAAAAGAGAGAUUGGUGCAACAGGAGACAGAGCGUCGUAACAUACAAACGAAGCGCGAUCGAGAACUCGAACACAAUCGCGAUUCUCCCCAACAACGCCCAGUUCUGCCAUAUGACGAGCGUUUAGUUUGGGAAGAGAAUAAUCCGGAUAUAUCCCAUGUGGGACAAGAUCCUGACAACGCAGAUGAUUCAACUCAGUUUAUUCAGGAAUCCAUCUUAUCAAAAGAUUACGAAAAAUUACGCGACAUAAAUGAAAAUUCGAGAAAUAUUCAGCCAGGCACAUAUAUCCAUCUUGUUGCAGCACUUGAGCAGUCAGUGAAAAGACUAGAUCCACGUAGGUUCUUGUAG